AGUCAGGGAAAGCUGCAGCAUGGCGGCUGUAGUGAGGUGUAGAGCGCUUUUUCAGCUUUCUCGCUCUCAAAUAAACAUUUUCAACGGCGUUUGCAGAUCGGAUAGUGUUUUGCAAACAUGUCUUACUAAAAGGUUGCCUUGUGUGCGUCGCGCGUUCAGCGGAGGUGUGCGACUGUACAGCUCUGAAGUUAAUUCUGGAGAUGACCUUAUCGUUAGAUACCUGGACGGUGAUGAUUCAGGGAUUGUUGUUAUGGGGAUUAAUCGGCCUGAAGCUAAAAAUGCUAUCAGCAAAAAUCUUGUUUCCAUGAUGUCUGAAGCCUUAGAGUCUAUGAAGACGGACAACACAGUGCGUACUGUAAUCUUAUGCAGUAUGGUGCCUGGAAUAUUCUGUGCAGGUGCAGACUUAAAGGAAAGAGCAAAAAUGCAACAGAGUGAAGUGGGACCAUUUGUCACUAAAGCGAGGACACUUAUAUCAGAGCUCGGUGCUCUUCCAAUGCCAACAAUUGCAGCCAUUGAUGGAGCGGCUCUUGGAGGGGGUCUUGAAAUGGCUCUUGCAUGUGACAUCAGAGUAGCAGCUAACUCUGCAAAGAUGGGACUUGUUGAGACUAAAUUAGCCAUCAUCCCUGGUGCUGGAGGAACUCAACGUCUGCCACGAACUGUAGGAGUGUCGAUAGCAAAAGAGCUGAUAUUUGCGGCACGAGUGUUGAACGGUGAAGAAGCCAAGAGUCUCGGCCUGGUGAAUCAUGCUGUGGAGCAGAAUAAAAGUGGAGAUGCUGCGUAUCUGAGAGCUCUGGAUCUUGCUCGGGAAUUCAUCCCUCAGGGGCCAAUUGCUGUACGAAUGGCGAAGUUGGCAAUCAACCAGGGAAUAGAGGUGGAUUUAAAGACCGGAUUGGCUAUUGAAGAAGCAUGUUAUUCUCAGGUGAUCCCGACUAAAGACAGGCUGGAAGGUUUGCUGGCGUUCAAAGAGAAACGUCCUCCUCGCUUUAAGGGCGAGUAAAAGCGGCCCAGUGAUCCCAAUUACAUGCAGCUGCCUUUAAAUCGCCUUUUACUGUUGUCGGGUCACAAAAAGAGUCACAUACCUGAAAUUCCAGGAGCGCCGCUGAGCCCCUGCGGCCCGACGAUGGUAAAACCUGCAGGGAUUUCAGCCAAAAUAUGUGAUGAGUAAGGCUGAAAUCCUUCAUCUGUGGAUCAACUUCUGUUUGGGUGGUCUGUGCUUUUGUUGUCCUCAUGAACUUUUCUUUUGGUUGUACCUGUUUGUAACGUAACAUAUAAAAGUUGUUGUUUAUUCUCUGCAGUUUAAAUAAUUAAGAAUGAACAUGAAAUGAACAGUGAAGUUUUCUGUCAACUACAGAGAAAAUGGAAAAUUUUAAAUGAAAGUGAAAAUACAUAAAGAAAUCUGUUUGGGUUUGUUGAUUCCAGGAAUCGUCGCUAUUUCAUAAUAAAGCUGCUUUCAUUUCAAAUGUGGGUUAAUAAGUACUUCAGUCAACAACUAACCAGUUUUUGCCCUGAGGAUAUUAACUCUCAGUAUCUGUUUCGUUGUAAUGAAUUUAGUGUUUAACGAAUAACCGUGUACAAAAUAAACAUUUGUAUUUA